GAGUUAGUUUGUGUCUGCUCAAGAAAGCUUCCGGGUAGACAUCGCUACUGGAAGUUUUCUCAAAGAAUUCGAGCUUCUUUUAUGUGGAAGUAACUGACCGUUUGGUUGCUUCACCAGCUCAGAAAAAAAAACAACAACAAACAAACACAUAUCUCGACAAAUGGCAGCUCUAUUCGCUUGUACGAAAUGCCACAGCAGGCAUCCGUUCGAAGAACUUUCUCAGGGAGAGCAGUUAUGUAAAGAAUGCCGGAAUAACUUUCCUAUCGUGAAAUGUACAUAUUGUCGAUCAGAAUUUCAACAAGACAGCAAAAGCAGCACAAAUUCCAUCUGCAAGAAGUGUGCACACAAUGUGAAAAUAUAUGGAAAGCCGACUGCCUGUGAAUAUUGCAAUGUCAUUGCGUCUUUUAUUGGGAACAAGUGUCAACGUUGCACAAACUCUGAAAAGAAAUGGGGCCCUCCACAAUCUUGUGAGCAGUGCAAACAGCGAUGUGCAUUUGACAGAAGUGAUGACAGCAGACGAAAGGUUGAUGGGAAACUGUUAUGCUGGCUUUGCACUCAAGCGUAUAAAAGAGUCCUGGCCAAAACUCGACACAGGCAGGAGGAAGCGAGACAAAGCAUGGCCAGUCGCUGGGGGAACUUCGAAGGCUCUAACAGCAGCAGCAGCAGCAACAACAACAACUCUUCACGCAAAACCGGCAGCAUGUUGGACAAGAAUAAGGACAGCGGAAUAAUGUUUAACCAACACAAAGAAACCAGUCACGAUAAAAACAAAGAAAAGAGUAAAGAGCACGUUGGUUUGUUUGAGAAAAGUGCAAAAGACUUCACGAGUAUCUUUGAGAAGAACAAAGAUUACAACAGUGCAUUUGACAAAGCUAAAGAAAUAGGUCCAAAUAUGGAGAAAAAUAAAGAACACAGUAGUGAGAAGGGUAAAGAACAUUGGGGCGUGUUCGACCGAAGCAAAGAGGGCGGCCGAUCCUUUGAUAAAAUGAUGAAGGAAAAAUCUCGCGAACAUACAAAAAAGGGCUUUGACAUGGCAAAGGAUAAGUCCAAGGUACACUCCAAAAAAGUCCAUCGGAGUCGGUUUACUUCCGGCGAUGAACCAAGCAGUAUGUACGAAGGGAGUCCAGAUGGUGCGGAGGGCAGCGUGGGUAGCCACAAGGAAGGGAGCAGUGGCAGUGGCCACAAGGAUCAUCAUCAUCAUAAAACUCACAAAGAACAUCAUCAUCAUCACAAGUCCCACAAGACCACACCGAAAGAGGAUUUGAAAGAGUUACAUCAUAAUUCUCACAAGAACAAAUCUUUGAACAGCAUACUAAUGGACCACAGUCCCCCAACCAAAAAGUCCAAAAUUGAGAAAAGCACAAGUAAUGGCCUAUCAAGCAGCAAAAGCAGCUUGAGCUUGAGUUUCGCUGAUGCCGCUUUGAUGGACCCCAACAGUUCAGACCACGUCAUUGCAAUUCAAAGACUGCACGAUCAGAUUGAGGCCAAUAAGAAACAACUGCUUUCAAAGGAUUUACAGCUGAAGGAAAAAGAACUGAAGAUCACAGAGCUGAAAGCGUAUCAAUAUGAACAAGAAAAAAUAUACAGAUUGAAGAUUUCUGGUAUCCAAGAAGACAAUUCUAGAAAGAUGGAUGAACUCAGUAACAAAAACCGCGACCUGAUGAAACAAAUAGCCUGCCUUUCAAAGAAACGACACAACAACACCAACACCAACAACACACAAUCGUCUUCAACAACACACAGUCCAUCUUCAUGAGCAUCGCCUUGCAGGCUCUUCUUAGUCUUACCAGCAUCCUUCUCGUCCCUGAUCCCCCUACUGAAAACACUCCCCUAAUCAUCAGAACGGAAGUGACUCAUUGUAGACCUUACUCCAGCUAAGUCACUUGCUCUGGUUCCCUGUUAUUAUUUUGUUACUAUCACCCUUGACCCUUGCCCAUUCUCCUCACCCCUGCUCUUAUUCUGUAUGAGUCUCCUUUUUAAAAGACAACACAUCAUGUUUUUCACUGAAAAAAAUGCUCAUCUCUGUUAGACCGUGUUCACACCGCACGGUUUCAAACAUAGUAGAGGAAGAGUAAAAAUAAAACAAAUAUAAAUAAAUAAUACAAAAAAAAGAAAAAAAGAAAGGAAAGGAGCAUUGUCUCUAAUUCUUGACAUUAGAGAAAAAAGUCCGUAGAGAUACUUAAUCACACAGCUUGGAUGAAUGCUGCAUGAAAGGGAGUUGUCUUCCCAACGACUGAAUGAAGAAACAAAUUCUAUUUAGCUUGGAGAUAGGGUGGUUUAUGCCUGCCUGCGUGUGUGUCUGUGUGUGUGUUUGUGUCUGUGUGUGUUUUCUUUUUUUAUUUCAACCUUUUAAAACGGAAAUCAACAAAGUUUGAUUUUUAUAAGUUUAAGCUGCCAUCAUCGUUAAUUAAAAGAUUUUACAACACAACAUCAUUUGAAAUUAUUCCAGUCUCUUAAGAAUCUUUUUUUUUUUUUUUUCGUUGGAACAUUGAAUAUUUAGAUUCAUAUUCACUCUCUCUAUCUCUCUCUCUCUCUUUUUUUUUUCUUUCUUUCCCUUUCUCUGUGUAUGCACCCCUUCAUUUCCUUUGUGAUGUUAGUUACCACCCAGUUUAUUUGUGAAUACAAAAUCUGCUACAAAACUCUUCAGUCCAGGUUUCUCUCUCCUUAUCUUCCUCCUCUCCUUAUCUUCUUCCUCUCUAUUUCUCUCUCCUUAUCUUCCUCUCUAUUCCUCUCUCCUUAUCUUCCCUUAUAUUUCUCUCUCUUUUCUCGAUUUCAACCCCACCACCAUCUCUCUCUCGGUUUUACCCCAACCCAAUCCUACGGCUGUCGCAUGCUUCUUUCGUUCCAUUCAUAAUUCCAUUAACUGAAUACAGAUUUUCAAAAAUAGUUUUCCUUAUAUUGCUAUUUUAACUCUUUCAUCAAUUAUUUUUCAUGAAAUUUCAAAAGCUCACAUUUUAAAGUAAUUUAGCAUUUCUUCCAUUUAAAAAUUAUUUCAGUUUUAAACGAAUUCAUAACUUCAUCAAAAUCAUUUGGAAUUUGGAGUUAGGGUUCCAGUGAGCUGCCCCCUUCCCUUUGCUCUAUGGAAUACAAGAAAACUAUUUCUCGCGCUUCAGUAAUGCUCUUUCAAAAGACAGAAUGCUAUAAAUAGACCCCCCCCUCCUGUCAUUUCUAGGAAUUUCAUGGUCAGAUCACAUUAUCAUGGAUCUCAAAAGUUAUCCCAUUUCU